UAAGAGAAUCAUGCGCGCUCUCACCAAGUCUACACCGGACACUGGGUGAUCAAAUAUUUCACUCCCGGCAUCAUUCUUAAUCGCCACACUACUACUAGAACGCAGAAUCCAAAGCGACCCCGCCGUUCCUCCCUCCAUAAAUUCUGCGCAAACCCGACCGGCAGAUUCUACCACCAUGCAGCCUCACCAGCUGGAGAAGCCUAAGAGAGCCCCUCGAAAGCACGUCACCACGGCCUGUGUCGCUUGUCGAGAGAGUAAAAUCAGAUGUGACGGCUCUACUCCGCAUUGCCAAAAUUGCCAAAGGAAAGGGAAGGAAUGCAAAUAUCAGCAUGGAGAUGACAAACGCAAGUAUGUCCUCCUCAGGCGCUCAUCACACUUCGUUCACAUCACAAGGCUUGGGUACAUGUCAUGCACCCAUCAUAUUGGGGGGCGGAGAGAAAGAUGGAUCACUUCUUAGCGCUGGGACAGACACACAGAAUUAUCGUUCUUCCGAUACUGUAGCCUGGUCGAGCUGACCAUUUCUAUUAUCAGAGUAUCCUU